UUUGAACCGUCCCUUAUUGGAUUCGCCAUUUGUAAAUAAACAUCGAUGCGAGAUGUCAGCCACACCUGACCGACUUAACGUUUCAAAAACACGUUUACAAUCGCCCCGAACCCCUGCAUCCCCUUCUGCAGGAACCGUUGGGGCAUCACGCGUUAUUGAUUCCGUCACUAAAUUCAUCGAUUUGCACAAGAAAUGGCAACUUACCACCCAGAAGGGAACUCAAUACUGCAACGCCAUCGAGAACAUCAAAAAAGCGGUUCUGGAUCCGAAGCAGCAACAGCAGGAAGAUUGCAAUCCGUAUCCGGCUAAUUUAGAACUUUACUGCAAGAAUUUGGCAAUUUUGGUCACGAUUUUGGAGGAUGUGAUUGCAAAUUUGAACACGAUGAUCGAACAGCUGAAGGUACUGCAUCUGGUAAUGAAGGAUGAGGUGGUGGGGAGAACUUGGAGUUUAGGGAAGGUGCUGGAUGCGCUGCAGAGUAUUUCAGGUCACUGGCAAUCGGAGCUGAAUGUUAGGAAGUUGAUUACUGAAAACAUUGGACAUUCUGUGGAUAUCGCACAGCUUGCUCUUCACGUCGCCACUUGGGAACAACUUUCCAAUCAACACGAGAACGCGAAUCUAUCGGUUAAGAUGCUGAGCGUUGAGUUCAGCAUACCGCUAGAAUAAAUUGUAAUAUUUUUCAAAAUGUAAAUCAAUUGUCAUCUGUGAUAGUACAAUAAAGAUAUAAACACUAUAUUAUAAGCA